AUGGAGAUCCUCGUCCACGUCUCUGCGCCCAGUACCGCCCGCGACGAUGCGCGAUACCGCGCCCAAGUCGCCGCCAUCCGCGCCUUCGAGCCGGUCUCGCGCCAAUUACUUGCCCCAGAUGGAGGCCUAGCACCUGCAGCUGCCCCAGAGUCCACAGACUCCUCGCUGCUGCAGGCGUCCGGGCUCAUUUCUGCGCCAUCCCCAGUCCCUCGCCAGUCUGCAGAAGCUGCAGCAGCAGCAGCAGGCGAGGGAGAAGUGGCACGCAAGACUAGCACCGAUAGUUGCUAUGAUCGGGAUUUAAAUGCAAAGGGGCAGCAGAAGCCGCCAGGCGACUGUCCAGAAUCAGCUCUAGCUCCAGCUCCUAAUUCAAAUUCCAAUCCACGUCCAUGUCCACGGCGCGAUCCUCGGCCGAUCCUAGUCAGUCCUGAGACGAACCAAAUCGGGCCCAGUCCACUGGUUCCAGUGCCUACAGAUCGACGAGAGCGUCACCCUCUGCCCGAGCCCGACUCAGACUCCCUCGAGAGUCUGGUCAGCGUGAUCCCAGACUCGCAGCCGGAGAUAUCGUAUGAAUCCGUCCACCGCCCAUCAACGCCGUCCGCAUCGUCUGCGGCACCGCUGCACGAGGAAUCCGGUGCUCGCCCAUCCAAACGGCGGCGGGUCGAGUCCCCGCUCCCAACGAGCCAGACGAUCGGCGUGGAUGCUGCAAGUCACAGUGUCACCACCGCACGCUCUGCACAUGAUACAGAAAAAGCAUCAUCCAGGACCAACCGUCCGACUGCCCCUCUAGUUCAGUAUCAGGGUUCCCAGACGCAUCCAGUGUCUGCUGCUUCUGCAAUCAACCCCCCAAGACCCAUACCCAUCAUGGGCAUGGCCAUGACCCGGCUCAAUCCUGCCCGCACGUACAAGCCCACCCAUCAAGCCCGCGAGCUGGACAAGCUGGAGCGCGGGUACUGGGCCGUUCGUAUCAACGUAGCCGCCACAGACGUGGAAGAGCGCGAGCAGGAACGGAAUCAGAAGCCAGCUGCUCAGCAGGGGCAGGCAAACCCCCGCAAGGAGAGUUGGGGCGCGCCCCAGCGAGAUCCCAAUGACUGGCGCGCGGCGGAGUUUGCGCGUUUCUGGGCAUUCCUGUCGGAUUUUGUUACGGCCGAGGCGCGCGCUGGCUGGGGCGUGUGGUGUAUUGUUGAGCGGGUGGAGAGCGAGGGUGAGGGCGAUGGCGAUGGCGAUGGCGCGGCGGAUAAUGCGGUUCAGCCGGUCUUGCUGAAGGUCUAUGCGUGGGGCGAGGUCGCGAUGCACAUCUAUCUCCUGCUCUUCCUGGCUAGCGAGCGCCGGGUGCGAGGCAUGGGGUUGCGCUGGAUAGAUUCAUGGGAGAAAACCGUGAUUCAGAUGCCCUAA